AUGUUUGAGACGUUCAACGUGUCUGGCUUGUUCAUUGGGGUGCAGGCCGUGCUGGCGCUGUAUGCAAGCCUCAUGGCCGCCGACGCUACAAGCGAGGCAAGGAUCAAUCCGGCUGGGGGACUGACGGGCACCGUUGUUGACGUGGGCGAUGGUGUCACACAUGUUAUCCCCAUCGUAGACAGCUACGUCAUCGCCAGCAGCAUCAAAUCGAUUCCCAUCGCCGGGAGGGACGUCUCGGCCUUUGUCCAGCAACUGAUUAGGGACCGGGGCGAGUCUGUGCCCGCGGACAUGGCACUGGAAGUCGCAAAAGCCGCCAAGGAGAAGUACUGUUACGUCUGCCCUGAUGUCUCAAAGGAGUUCGUGCGCUUCGAUGCAGACCGCGCGAGGGCCGUGAAGCAGUACAAGGGAAUCAACAACAGAACGGGCCAGGAAUUCAUGUGCGACAUUGGUCCGGAGCGGUUUCUGGGCCCCGAAAUAUUCUUCACACCUGAGAUGUACAAUUCGAACCAUUCAAGGUCCUUGCCAUGCGUGGUUGAUGACGUCAUCCAGUUAUGCCCCAUCGACACCAAGAGGGCACUCUACCGAAACAUUGUGCUCAGCGGUGGAUCCACCAUGUUCAAAGGCUUCGGCCGCCGGCUUGGCCGGGACCUGAGGGCACGCGUGAACAGCCGCUUGGCCGACAACGUUCAGCCCGUUGACGUCCACGUGCUAAGCCACCCCUUUCAGCGAUACGCCGUAUGGCUGGGCGGCAGUCUGUUGGCCACACGGGACGAAUUCCGACUUGCUUGCAAGUCAAGAGAAGACUAUCAGGAACAUGGCCCGAGUAUCUGUCGCACAAAUUACGUUUUCAGAGACGUGUGA